AUGGUGUCCACGACCAGAGGAACGCUCUCGAGAGCCGCGGCUGAGAAGGCGGAAGGAAAGAAACCGGCGGCGGAGGAAGGCUCAGGCAGUAGAAAAAGCGGAUCCGGAGUCAUGAAGGCAAGGGACUAUGCCGAGAUCUUCGACAAGAUGUCUUUUGUGGGGACGAGAUACCCUGACCUGACGACGAUGACAGAGCUCGGGAUCUCUCAGGAUUGCCACUACAUCUUCGAGGAGAUGCAGCUUGCGAGGCUGAUGAUGAACCCUCUCCCUGCCUACAAGAAGGAAACCAUCGAGUUCCUCUCACUCUCCGGGUUAACUUCUACGAACCCGACGAAUUCGUCCCCGAGGGCAACGGAAGCGGAAAAUUUCCUUCCGGAUCAACAAGAGGAAGUACCGGAUGAGUUUCAGGAGCUUGAGGAUGUGUUUCACUUUGAACACAAGAAUGGGAGAGACAGAGCCGGGAACGCCACAAGGAGAGCUUCAAGCCUUCUGGGCAAUGAUCGGAUUGGCGAGUACAUGUAG